AGAGAGAGAGAGAGAGAGAGCAAGGGAGUAUGACUCAUACACAUACAUAAACACACACACAAACAUGAGGAAUGAGCUUCUGGUUUCUGUCCAGUCUCACAGAGUAGAGUAGAGCAGAGGAGAGGAGAGGCAGCUGAAACAAAGCAAGACCGCUGACACUGAGACUGGACCAGUCACCAACAGAGGGAGCUGUUCAACAACCCAUCAUCCCAUGCAGACUGGACCAGUCACCAACAGAGGGAGCUGUUCAACAACCCAUCAUCCCAUGCAGACUGGACCAGUCACCAACAGAGGGAGCUGUUCUACAACCCAUCAUCCCAUACAGACUGGACCAGUCACCAACAGAGGGAGCUGUUCAACAACCCAUCAUCCCAUACAGACUGGACCAGUCACCAACAGAGGGAGCUGUUCAACAACCCAUCAUCCCAUGCAGACUGGACCAGUCACCAACAGAGGGAGCUGUUCUACAACCCAUCAUCCCAUACAGACUGGACCAGUCACCAACAGAGGGAGCUGUUCAACAACCCAUCAUCCCAUACAGACUGGACCAGUCACCAACAGAGGGAGCUGUUCAACAACCCAUCAUCCCAUGCAGACUGGACCAGUCACCAACAGAGGGAGCUGUUCUACAACCCAUCAUCCCAUACAGACUGGACCAGUCACCAACAGAGGGAGCUGUUCUACAACCCAUCAUCCCAUACAGACUGGACCAGUCACCAACAGAGGGAGCUGUUCUACAACCCAUCAUCCCAUACUGACUGGACCAGUCACCAACAGAGGGAGCUGUUCUACAACUCAUCAUCAAACUGACUGGACCAGUCACCAACAGAGGGAGCUGUUCAACAACCCAUCAUCAAACUGACUGGACCAGCCACCAACAGAGGGAGCUGUUCUACAGCCCAUCAUCCCAUACAGACUGGACCAGCCACCAACAGAGGGAGCUGUUCAACAACCCAUCAUCAAACUGACUGGACCAGUCACCAACAGAGGGAGCUGUUCAACAACCCAUCAUCAAACUGACUGGACCAGUCACCAACAGAGGGAGCUGUUCUACAGCCCAUCAUCCCAUACAGACUGGACCAGUCACCAACAGAGGGAGCUGUUCAACAACCCAUCAUCAAACUGACUGGACCAGCCACCAACAGAGGGAGCUGUUCUACAGCCCAUCAUCCCAUACAGACUGGACCAGCCACCAACAGAGGGAGCUGUUCAACAACCCAUCAUCAAACUGACUGGACCAGUCACCAACAGAGGGAGCUGUUCAACAACCCAUCAUCAAACUGACUGGACCAGUCACCAACAGAGGGAGCUGUUCUACAGCCCAUCAUCCCAUACAGACUGGACCAGUCACCAACAGAGGGAGCUGUUCAACAACCCAUCAUCAAACUGACUGGACCAGCCACCAACAGAGGGAGCUGUUCUACAGCCCAUCAUCCCAUACAGACUGGACCAGCCACCAACAGAGGGAGCUGUUCAACAACCCAUCAUCAAACUGACUGGACCAGUCACCAACAGAGGGAGCUGUUCUACAACCCAUCAUCAAACUGACUGGACCAGUCACCAACAGAGGGAGCUGUUCUACAGCCCAUCAUCCCAUACAGACUGGACCAGUCACCAACAGAGGGAGCUGUUCAACAACCCAUCAUCAAACUGACUGGACCAGCCACCAACAGAGGGAGCUGUUCUACAGCCCAUCAUCCCAUACAGACUGGACCAGCCACCAACAGAGGGAGCUGUUCAACAACCCAUCAUCAAACUGACUGGACCAGUCACCAACAGAGGGAGCUGUUCAACAACCCAUCAUCAAACUGACUGGACCAGUCACCAACAGAGGGAGCUGUUCUACAGCCCAUCAUCCCAUACAGACUGGACCAGUCACCAACAGAGGGAGCUGUUCAACAACCCAUCAUCAAACUGACUGGACCAGCCACCAACAGAGGGAGCUGUUCUACAGCCCAUCAUCCCAUACAGACUGGACCAGCCACCAACAGAGGGAGCUGUUCAACAACCCAUCAUCAAACUGACUGGACCAGCCACCAACAGAGGGAGCUGUUCUACAACCCAUCAUCAAACUGACUGGACCAGCCACCAACAGAGGGAGCUGUUCUACAACCCAUCAUCAAACUGACUGGACCAGUCACCAACAGAGGGAGCUGUUCUACAGCCCAUCAUCCCAUACAGACUGGACCAGCCACCAACAGAGGGAGCUGUUCUACAACCCAUCAUCAAACUGACUGGACCAGUCACCAACAGAGGGAGCUGUUCUACAGCCCAUCAUCCCAUACAGACUGGACCAGCCACCAACAGAGGGAGCUGUUCUACAACCCAUCAUCAAACUGACUGGACCAGUCACCAACAGAGGGAGCUGUUCUACAGCCCAUCAUCCCAUACAGACUGGACCAGCCACCAACAGAGGGAGCUGUUCUACAGCCCAUCAUCAAACUGACUGGACCAGUCACCAACAGAGGGAGCUGUUCUACAGCCCAUCAUCAAACUGACUGGACCAGCCACCAGCCUCCUCAUCGCUCCUUCAAUCAGAGGAUCUGUAAUGAUGAACUGACCCCUCCAUCCUGACAACAUAUACACUCCAAUAGAUGUGAAAUAUGCCCAAACAUACUCAGGAAAAUAGCUCAAACACAAAGAUAAAUGUCCAUCUACGCACAUUGGUAUGGAUAUAGACACACCCAGAUAAGUAUUAUCUGAAGGAGACUGGACUGAGUUGUUGUUGUAGGGCAGGGGUUGGGGUUGAGACUGGGUGUAAGUGAGUGGUUGGGGUAGAGACUGGGUGUAUGUGAGGGGUUGGGGUUGAGACUGGGUGUAACUGAGGGGUUGGGGUUGAGACUGGGUGUAAGUGAGGGGUUGGGGUUGAGACUGGGUGUAAGUGAGGGGUUGAGACUGGGUGUAAGUGAGGGGUUGGGGUUGAGACUGGGUGUAAGUGAGGGGUUUGGGUUGAGACUGGGUGUAAGUGAGGGGUUGGGGUUGAGACUGGGUGUAAGUGAGGGGUUGGGACUGGGUGUAAGUGAGGGGUUGAGACUGGGUGUAAGUGAGGGGUUAGGGUUGAGACUGGGUGUAAGGUAGGGGUUAGGGUUGAGACUGGGUGUAGGGGUUAGGGUUGAGACUGGGUCUAGGGGUUAGGGUUGAGACUGGGUGUAGGGCAGGGGUUAGGGUUGAGACUGGGUGUAGGGGUUAGCGUUGAGACUGGGUGUAGGGCAGGGGUUAGGGUUGAGACUGGCAGUAGGGCAGGGGUUAGGGUUGAGACUGGGUGUAGGGGUUAGGUUUGAGACUGGGUGUAGAGGUUAGGUUUGAGACUGGGUGUAGGGGUUAGGUUUGAGACUGGGUGUAGAGGUUAGGUUUGAGACUGGGUGUAGGGGUUAGGGUUGAGACUAGGUGUAGAGGUUAGGUUUGAGACUGGGUGUAGAGGUUAGGUUUGAGACUGGGUGUAGGGGUUAGGGUUGAGACUGGGUGUAGAGGUUAGGUUUGAGACUGGGUGUAGGGGUUAGGUUUGAGACUGGGUGUAGGGGUUAGGGUAGGGACUGGGACUUCAGUAAGGAUGCUGUCAGUGGUGAUAUUAGGUGUGACCCUGUCCCUGCUCAUUCUGCUGACGGUGUUUGGUAAUGUCCUGGUAUGUCUGGCCGUCUGCGCCACACGACGUCUCCGCUGCCUCACCAACUGCUUCAUUGUUUCCCUCGCCAUCACUGACCUGCUGCUUGGCAUGCUGGUCCUGCCCUUCUCCGCCCUCCUCCAGCUCAGCGAUUGGCCGCUGGGGCCAACCCUCUGCAACAUCUACAUCUCAUUGGAUGUUAUGUUAUGCACUGCCUCUAUCCUCACCCUAUUGGCCAUCAGCGUGGACCGAUACCUGGCCGUGACCGCACCCCUUAGAUACUCGUCGCUGGUGUUGCCGAGGGGGGUAGCCAUAACGAUGGCUUCGGUGUGGGCGGUGUCGCUGGGGGUGUCGUUCCUACCGAUCCACCUGGGCUGGAACACUGUGGACGGCAGUGUGCAGAACCGCGGCCCGGGGGAGGAGAGGGAGUGUAAGUUUGAGCUGAACCCUUCAUACGUUGCGGUGGACGCCUCCUUAACCUUUUACCUUCCCCUGCUGAUCAUGUGCUGGAACUACCUCCGCAUACUCCGCAUCGCCCGGGCCCAGGCCAGACGCAUCAUCCAUGCACGACCCAACCUCAACAACAACAGUCCCUCGUCAGCCCCUCGUCAACUCACCUCAGUAACAGCGAUGGCUCUACGGGAACACAAAGCCACAGUGACCCUAGCAGCAGUUAUCGGAGUGUUCAUGGUGUGCUGGUUCCCCUACUUCACCCUGUUUACUAUCAUGGGUCUGAGGAUGCAGGACUACCCAGCAGCCUACCCUGUGGUGCUGUGGCUGGGGUACAUCAACUCAGCUCUGAACCCAUUGCUCUACGCUGCCCUCAACAGAGACUUUAGGUCCGCCUACGCCCGCCUGCUGCACUGUGGUAACUAUGGAUAUGGCAGGGGGAGGGGCGGGCCAGCGUCGCCCCACAACAGGACCACGACGGGUAAAAGGAACAAGGAGAAAGACAACACACACGGUGCGGGGGAGGUAGGUGAGGGGGGGGGUGUCGCUCUGCUGCGUGAACACACCUCUUCCUGUAGGGCGGGGCCAGGUGAGACCGGUGUGAUGAUGAUGAUACAGGAAGUCAGAGGAACAACCAUACCUUCCACUCAGCACAGCACAGGGGCGUCUGCCGCCAACGACCUGGGUCAUUCUAUAUCCUGUGUGUCAGAUGGCGGUGACCCUGUGUCUAUCUGUGAGGAGGAUUCAGUGUCCUACCUGUCCUGAAAGCUGAGCCCAGGACCAGCCAACUUAACUCAGACACCCAGCCCAGGGGAUCAAUCACAGACAGGACACUGGGAGUCGUCUAAAAUAUCACGGACAAUCUGCAACAAGGAAUCCCGGGGACCUUUAACCGCAGAACUAGAAUGAGACUAUUUCUAUCCCUUCAACCAAUAAGCAAUGACUGGGGAAGCCCACAAGUCACUUUGUUCUGGAACACUGAUACCUGGAAAGUAAUGUCAUUGACAGACAGACAGACAGACAGACAGACAGACGGACGGACGGACGGACAGACAGACAGAUUAAAACACUCGUGUCAGACUGGUGGUGAAAUCUAAGCUCUGGUGUUAUUCACCUGAGCCUGACUGUGAUCUUCCAAUGAAGCAGAUAGUUAUGCCCUCUAGUGAUGGAAUAUGGUAGUACAACCUGACAAGGAGACUAGACUCAGCAAUUUUCUCAUAAAACAAUCAGUGUUCUGAGAGAAAAUGAUUUCAAAUAUGUGAAAGUGUUUAAUCUGUAUGAGGGACUGUUUAACUGUGCAGCUAUAUGUGUCAUAUACUAGGUAUUUUGAAUUUGAGUACACAGUAUGUACAUGCAGCCUAGUGGACUAAAACAUGCCCCAGAACGUCUUGGGAUCUGAUAUUUGUCACGUCUAACCACAGUGCCAUCUAAGUUGUUGUAAGGUUGUGAAGGAAGGCCACCUACGACCAGGGAUGGUACUGAAAGCUGCUGGUGGAGUGGUAGAAUAAAUAGCAUUUACCAACAA